UGCGCGAAUGAUGCGUGAUGAACGGCCACGAUUCACGGCUUCGUCUUCUACUUGAUCUCUACUCGCACACACUCCAUCGAAGCCCGUAACAAGCGAGCGAUGUCUCACCACCUCGUCCCACUCUUUCUCCUCCUCCUCUCUUCCGCUGCCGGUGAUGCCAGUUCCGCCCCGCAUUCUGAUCCCUUCACCGCCGGCGUGGGGUUGAACAUCGACUGUGGCGGCACCUCCAACUUCACGUCGGAGUUCGGGCGCCCCUGGGUGGCGGACCGAUACUACUCCGGCGGGGCCGUUGGGCUGGUGGCGGAGCCACACCACUUCCGGUUGCCGCAGGAGCGCACUCUCCGCUUCUUCCCCCCGGUCUCCGCCGGCAAGAAGAACUGCUACUCCGUGCCCCUCCCCCCCGGCCGCUACUACCUGCGCACCUUCACCGUCUACGACAACUACGACUCCAAACUGCGAACCCCCAGCUUCGACGUCUCCUUCGAGGGCACCCUCGUCUUCACCUGGCGCUCCCCCUGGCCCGAGGCCACCGCUCGCUCCGGCGUCUACGCGGAUUUCAUCGCCGCCGUCCCCGACGGCGACGCGGACCUCUGCUUCUACAGCAUCGCCACGGAUCCCCCCGUCAUCGCCUCCGUCGAGGUUGCUGCCAUCCACCCUCUCGCCUACGGCGCCGCCUCCUCAGGCGUCGACCUCAUCCUAGUCAACUACGGCCGCCUCACCGCUGGCUCUUCCCUCUUCGGUCCCGGCUUCACCAACGACUCCGACGCCUUCUCCCGGGUCUGGCAGCCGGACGCCUACUUCCGCAGACGCGAUGUCCCCGUCAAGGCGCUCUCCACCGGCGGCCACCAGAUCCUCGGCGCUAACCAGGCGCCCAACUACUUCCCCGUCAAGGUGUACGAGACUGCCGUCACCACCGUCAACUCCGCGGACGCUCUCAUGUACUUGCUGCCGGUGGACACGCGUCUCGAUUACAUGGUCUGGUUCCACUUCGCAGAGAUUGAUUCCGGGGUGACCAUGGCCGGGCAGAGGGUGUUCGACGUAUUGAUUGGCGGGGAAAACGCGACGAGGAUCGACAUCUACAAGGAGGUCGGAGGGUUCACAGCGUUCAAGUGGCAUUACAUCGUCGAGAACUUGACAAGCACGCCGUUGGUCGUGAAGCUGGUGCCGGUGGUGGGGAAGCCCAUCAUUUGUGGGCUUGAGAAUUAUGCCAUUGUGCCCUUGGAUCUUGCCACGGUGCCAAGCCAAGUGAUGGCGAUGCAGGCGUUAAAGGAAUCACUGCGGAUACCAGACAGGAUGGGUUGGCAUGGGGACCCCUGCGCGCCUUCCACAUGGGAUUCUUGGGAGGGCGUCACUUGUCAUCACAGUGACAAUGGACAGAAUCUUGUUGUAACCCAAUUCAGGGAUUUAGGCAGUCAAGGCUUGAAAGGUUCUAUUAGUGACAGAAUAAGUCUUUUAACAAACUUGGUAAGCUUGAAUUUGAGUUCCAAUUCCUUGGAAGGAAGUCUGCCAUCAGGCCUGGGUCAAGCAUCACUUGUGAGCUUGGAUCUGUCAUCAAAUCAGCUUACUGGUAGUAUUCCAGAUUGCUUGGGAUCCUCAAACUUGAAAGUCGUAUUAUUAAACAACAAUCAGUUGGAUGGACAAGUUCCUGAGAAACUUUAUUCAAUUGGUGUACAUGGUGGAAUCAUAGAUCUCUCAGGUAAUAAAGGGCUUUGUGGUGUACCCACUUUGCCUGCUUGCCCUUUGUUUUGGGACAAACAAGGUCUUUCUGCAGCUGGCAAGAUUGCAAUUGGUUUAUCAUGUGCCUUUAUUCUCAUCAUGCUACUCCUACUUUACUUAUUCUGCAUAAGAAGGCAAAGCGAUGAUUAUGAUUUUGAGUUUCCUCAAGAUUUAGUAUGUGAGUACGAUAACUUGCUACAAGCAAUUGCAGCAAAAAGAAAUAGGUACCAAAGGCAGAAGGUGAUGCUUGUUGAGAUGGAAGCACCAAAUUCUAAUGGUUUUCCAAGCACCUCGGCUACACAUUAGCGGUCUUAUGAUUAAAAAGAAGAUAUUCUUUGAUUUGGAAGGGUUAUCAUAUGGCUUUAUUGUAGUCUAAACGUAUGACUUGGUAGCAGCAAACGUGGAGUUGAUUAGCUUAAGGUGUGGGGUGUGUGAUGUUAGGGGUGAAGUGUGUACAUAAAUAGAGUAUAAUCUAUGACCAUGGAAUCAGCCAAAUUUUGUUAAUUCCCAAUAUGAAUUUAUGUAUAAUA